AUGGUCCAACAAAGUAGCCCAGAUGCGCUAGCAGCAGCAGCAGCAAUUGGCAAUGCGCUCAGUCAUAACGGGAGGACGGUUGACAGAAGUAAAAUACCACAAUACAACCAGAGUUUUACAUCUCGGACUGCGUCAAUCGCAGGGAUUAAUAGGUAUACAAUGAUCUCAAAUUCUAGGACUAACACAAGGGUAUCCUCAAUGAAUGGAAACAUACACAGGUACUCCGGGCGCACGUCAAGUUUACCAAAUCGAAGACAUACGAAUACCUCUAAUAAUUCGACCGUGAGAAGGCAACGCAAGGCCAACGAAGAUGCAGAAACUACCUUUCGAGAAUUCGGAGGUCACCAGUCAUCAAAGAUAUUGAACAUUUCAGGUUUGACCAGUCAAAACAAUAAAUCAAGGACUAUGUCACUUGAUAACUCAGGCAGUAUAACAAGGACAAUAAAAAAAUACAUACCGGGCCCUAGGGGGUUAGUGGCUGUGGAAGUACCAGUACAAGAAGAGCUUCCAAGAUAUAGUCCAAACAGCCACUCACAUCAUCCGAGUGGCAGAGCAUAUUCUUUACCUACUCGAAACGACGAUGCUAGACCAAUGCAUAGGAAGAAAACUACAAAGACAGCAGGACUACAUGAAAGAAAAGCUGAACCUGAAGUCAAAUCAAGGAACAAUUAUCCUAGUAAAAUAUCGCCUAAGAUGCAUACUAAAUCAUCAAAGCAACCGAAUAAUAACAACGUCCCAUUAAUACAAACAACCAUGAAUGAAGAAACGGAACAGGAACUACAAGAAGAUCUUCAUGAUCCUUUUGAAUUUAAACCAAUGACUAUAUCCGAUGACGAAAACUCUUUUAUUGAGUCCAGCGUACUUGAUUGCAGCGUAUCUGGGAAAGACAAAGGUAAUCUCAAUGGACGUGAGAAAAAGGAAGAGAUUGAAAAAUUACUUAAAGAGGUUCAUACCCUAGAGGAAAAAAUAUCACAUAUCGAGAUAGCAAAAUUGAACGAAGAAGAAAGGGAACAAAGCUUAAUCUUAGAAUUACGAAAAGUAAAGCUAGAUGAAGAACGGAGGAUGGAGUUGUUGAAAAGAGAGCUGGAUAUAGCUAAGGAGAAUGCCGACCUUGAAGCUGAAGAAUUAAAACUAAUAGAAAGCAAAAGAAAAGAGCACUUUUCCAAAGAAGAGGAAGUAAAAUCCAAAGUUGGAUCGGCCGUGAUUCGUCUACCGACUUUAUUAAAACCUGAGCCUGCCGACUCACUUCCGAAAGAUGUGGAAAAAGUAUCAACAGCAGUUUUAGAUCAAGCUCAGAAUAUCGAAAAUUCAGAGAACAACGAUUCUAUAGCUACCAAAGAAAGCUUAGUAAAUACUAUCCUUCCCGACUCUUUCAACAAUUCUGCCCUACAUAUGAACUCAGAUAGCGAAGCGGGGCCGAAUGAAGAUUCGAACAGUCUUAUUGACAGCGAGUUAUCCGAUUAUAAUUAUAUAGAAGGCUCAGCAACCGACCUUCGCGCUACCGCAAAGACAAGUGUAGAAUCUGAGAUUGGCAGGGAUCACACUGGACUGAAAAUUCCCGAAGAAAACGAUCUAGAAAAACAGGAAGAACGUGCAAAAGGAAAUAAGCCAGACCUCGUCGAUACGAAUUGUUUUUUAGUCCAAAAAGAAGGUCGGGAAGCGGCACUUUCCGAUAAUGAACUGGAAAGUCCUGAAGCGUUUCUUGACGCUUCUGGGAUCAAUAACAUUAGACUAGAGGAUGAGACAGAAGGUGCAAAGGAAAAAAAUGACGGUCUCAACAACGGUAGCUGUCAUGGUAAGGAUGACGAUGACAAGGACGAUGAUGACAAGGACGAUUAUGAUGACGAUGACGAUGACGACGACGACGACGAUGAUGAUGAUGAAGAAUAUCAUGAUUCUUAUGACGUAAUAAUGCAUGAACCCGUUCAAAUGGAACAGACGAUAACUAGCGUGCCUCCAUUAAAAUACCCGUUAGAAAAUUCCAGGGAAACAAAGGAUUACAAAAAUAAUGAACCGAAUUCUAGCAGCGCUGAAGUUAGUCAGUCCGGAACAAACAUGGCUAAGUACCUACGUGGUGCCAACCCUUACCUCACUAGCACAAGCUCAGAUAUUCUCGAUGUAAAUUCAGAAAAUGUGAACUCAAAAUCUUCCACUGAAUCCACAAGAGUUGCGCCUGACCUUUUGAAAGGCUCACCACAAUCAGCAUUUAAAACUGCUUUGAAAACAUCUGCUGUUCCAUCAAGUACCUCCUCGUCCAUUUAUUCAGUCGAUACGUCUCCAGAUAUCGAUACUCAUGUAGAGGACACAACAGCUUCCAACACGAGAACAAACAGUCAUAGUCCGCCAACGAGUACUUCAGAGCAAAAAUACAAUAAACCUAGUUUUCAAGAAGUUCCUGUGAUGUCCCCCAGGCGUCUCGAGGAUAAAAGGAAAACCUUUAAUCGCUUGUGCGUAAGAACUUUACGUGGUAGUUCGAAUGAGGCUACUCCUUUGGAUAAACUAUCACAUUCAUCUUCCAAUGCCUCAUCCCCUUCGUAUCAUAGCAAAAAAGCAUCAAUUCCUCCAACUCCUAGGGGCUCCGCUUUACAAGAGGCUUCCAAAUGUUAUUUAAAGGCCCCUCAGGCAAGCAAAAUUUCAAGACAAUUGCCUGACCACGUCCCUUUGGACAUCGAUAAAAAAAAAAGUGCUCUUUACCCCAAUGAACUCCCCGCCAAGAAGUCUAGUUUUGAGAAGGAAAGGCCUGUGAGAGAUAAUCUCGGAUUUAAAAGCAUGUCUUUGAGAGAGCCGCUUAUUACGAAGAAUACUCAAAUUGCGGCAGCAGAAAGUUCGGAAGCAGAGGAAAGGAAGGAAAAAAAAGGCCAUGUCUCAAGAAAAUCAUGGACUUUUGGUUUGCCUUCUCCGCUGAAAACAAGAACAAACCAUUCUGCUCAUUCUAUGAACGAAACAGAGAUAGUUAGUUCAAUGAUCGACUCUAGAAAUAAGCCCAACGAAAACGACACGCCAAUAUUAGCCAAUAAGAAUAGUUAUAACAAUGAUGAUUCCUCUCCUUACACUGUAUCAUCCAUGAACACUAACGAAAACGUAAGCGAAGCUGGUACAGAAGGCCACCGAUUUUCACUAUUCGGAAAUAAAAGCCAAUUGUCAAACAGGAACAUAUCUGGUGGAACAACAGCUUUGGAUUCAACAAAUCCUGAGCUGUCUAAAGUACUACCAUUAAGUGUUCCUGUGACUAUAAUUGAAAAAAACGGAGAAAUACACAAACUUCAUAAUGAUGAUACAGCCAUGAAAGAUAAGUCACACCACCAUCAUGGUAAUCACAGUAAGUUUGGUAGGAAACUUAAAAAAAUUUUUGGAAGAAAAUUAUCGGGAAAGAUAUAA